AUGUCAGAAGCAGCUAGCACUGUUGGUAGAGGGGGAAAUUACGACAUCAGUGGAAGAGGAAGAGGAAGAGGAAGAGGAAGAGGAAGAGGAAGAGGAAGAGGAAGAGGAAGAGGAAGAGGAAAAGGAAAAAAAAGAGGAAGAGGAAGAGGAAGAGGAAGAGGAAGAGGAAGAGGAAGAGGAAGAGGAAGAGGAAGAGGAAGAGGAAUAGAAAGAGGAAGAGGAAGAGGAAGAGGAAGAGGAAGAGGAAUAGAAAGAGGAAGAGAAAGAGGAGGAGGAAGGGGAGGAGGAAGGGGAGGAGGAGGAAGAGGGCAUAGAGGCAGCAGCAGCUAG